CACCCCUUUACUCCCUCCGCGCAGCGAUGGCAAAUCCCACUCGGUGACAAGGCGGGUAUAAACAAGACGGGCAUUCAUUUCUGCCGCCUUCCUGCUGGAAACAAGAGCACGACGUUGCACUGGCAUAGCACGGAUGACGAAUGGUUCUUCAUCUUGGAAGCUGGGCAGGACGCUAUCGUGGACAUCAUGGAAGACGUUGGCGGUGACGGCCUACCUGAAAGUGAAUUAGUCCGUCACUCAAUCCAGAGGGGGGAUUUCCUUGGUUUCCCUGCUGGCCCGCAGAACGCACACCGGUUUCACGCCGGAGAUGCGGACCUUGUGUACCUGUGCGGGGGAAGUCGUGAAAAGGUGGACAUCACCUACUAU